CUGAUGUUUCUUCCUCUCUCUAAAAUCAAUAUUUUUUUCCUUUCUACCAUCUUUCCAUGCUGCCAUAAUGGUGUGUGUGAAUGUCCUUCGCUGACGCUCUCAAGAAUAUCAACAAGGCUGAAAACAGAGGCAAAUGCCGGGUUCUUAUCAGGCCAUGCUCCAAAGUCAUCAUCCAGUUUCUAACUGUGAUGAUGAAGCAUCAUUACAUUGAUGAAUUUGAAAUUAUUGAUAAUCACAGAGCUGGGAAAAUUACUGUGAACCUCACCAGCGGGGUGAACAAGUGUGGAGUAAUCAGCCCCAGAUUUGGUGUGCAACUCAAAGAUCUAGAAAAAUGGCAAAACAACCUGCUUCCAUCCUAUCAGUUUGGUUUCACUGUACUGACAACAGGUAUCAUGGACCACAAAGAAGCAAGAUGAAAAACACACAGGAGGAAAGAUCCUGGGACUGUUUUUCUACAGAUGUAAUACAUAUGUGCAAGUAAAAUGCCUCAAUGGA